ACUCAAUAACUCUUAUAAGUUGCCAAGAUAAUCUCCAGCUCUUUCGUUAAUAGAGGGAUAUUCAAAUUGAAUAAAUUCUCUGUAGUAAAUAAACAAAACCACAUAAACAACAAAGAGUGUAUUCGACACAUUUUGAAUAAUUUAGUUGGAGAGUAAUAGUCUCUUGCUCGUUUGAAGCGAAUUCCAUUAGUUCGCAAUAAAUAAUCAGCAAAAACUUCACACAACUGCCCAUAAACAACGCAAAAAAUAAAAGAGGAAAUUCCAAAGGUAUAUAAAUGACGAGCAAUUAAAGGCAGCAGAGUUCAUUGUAAUAAAUUUCUGGACAAUCGCGAAUUUUGUUCUAACUUGCUGCAUUGAACAGUUAAUAAAAGUGACCUUGACGAGACGUGGUUUUGUUACCGAAAAAAACAUCAACGAGUUGACGACUUGGCAUGAAGAUGACAAUAAAAUUUUUGAUAUUUCUCUAUUUUUUCGCGUAUUAUGUGGAGGGCAAGGAGUACACGAGAUGCGAAGUUGCAAAAACUUUGGCGAAAAAUAGUUUUCCGAGAAGCUUUUUGCCGAAUUGGGUCUGUCUCGUAGAAGCCGAAAGUGGUCGAAGUAGCAACAAAAUCACUGAAUAUUCGAACUACAAGAGUUAUGGUUUGUUUCAGAUCAAUAGCAAAGAAUAUUGCAAACCAGGUAAAAAGGGCGGUUUGUGUGGCAUGAAGUGCGAGGAUUUCUUGAAAGAUGACAUCAAGAGUGACAUUGAGUGUGCAAAGACGAUUUACAGUCGCAAAGGAUUCGAUGGAUGGCCUGGAUGGCAAAGAAAAUGCAAGGGAAAGCAGUUGCCGGAUAUCUCGAAAUGCGUCUCAUUGGCUUAACAAUUGGCAAGUCUGUGAAUUGUGAUAUCAAAAGUAAUGCUCAGAAAUAAAAUUUUUUUUGUAAAGUUUUAAUAAAAAUCUAGCGUUGUCAGGUAGUUUGUGACUAAAAAAAAUGUUGAAUUUUAUACAAUGAAUGAUGAACACUAA